AACACUGGAAUGACUGAACUAGAGGAGGACAGUAAGAUACUGUGGACACAUGGAGAUCAUGAAACAUGCAUUGCUAAAAUCAACAGAGCCACCAAUAAGACGUCAUUGUAUCGUGGUAAUGAUGUGAGAUUCAGAGACAGACUGCAGCUGGAUCACCGGACCGGAUCUCUGACCAUCUGGAACAUCAGCAUCACACAUUCAGAUGUCUAUAAACUACAGAUCAGCAGCCGCAGACGGAGCAAAUGCAAAAGAUUUGUGCUUAUUGUCGAUGAAAACAAAGUGUCAGUGACGGAGGGAGACCGAGCCGAACUAAACACUGAUGUCAGUGAGCUACAGAGAGACGCUCUGAUCCUGUGGAUGUUCGGCCCCAGAGACAGUCUCAUAGCUAAAGCUGACCUGGAGAACCGUAAGAUAUCUACAUAUGAUGGUGUAGGUGGACGAUUCAGAGACAGACUGCAGCUGGACCUUCAGACCGGAUCUCUGAGCAUCACAAACACCACGAACACAGACUCUGGACUUUAUAAACUCAAGAUCAUCAGCAGCAGAGAGACCAGAUACAAGCGAUUCAGAGUUACUGUCUGUGAGGAUAGAGAGAGAGAGAUCCAUCCAGAAGACACUGUGGAGUCCUCUCAGAGAGAGAAAAACACAGAGGAGAUAGCAUUGCUCAAGAUCUACAGCGGCACUAGUGUUUGACAGAUAUAUAUAUAUAUAUAUACAAACACACUACCUGUCAAAAGUUUUUGAACAGUAAGAUUUUUUAUGUUU